AUGCCAUUAGGAGGAGACGGUGAAUUUCAAUCUUACUAUGAACUCGUCACGGAUCUGAAGUCUCUCCUCGACACAGACGGCAGCCUCUCCUCAAUAGCUUCAUCGUUUCUUCGCUGCUUCUCCGCCGCCAUAGAUGCGCGCUUAUGCUCCGAUUUUUGCGAUGACAUAUUUGAGCCGAAGCUGGAAGAGCUCAUUAAUCAGUUGAAGGAACUUAAGAUCCUAUACAUGAUCCUGCUUGUCGUGUGA